AUGUAUUAAAUAAUACCAAUAUCAGAUACAAUAAAAUCUCAAUACCCGUAAUUGAAAGAUUAUUAUUUAUGCCAAUAUUUGGGUGAAAACAAAUUAUCAGCAAUAACGUGUUCGAUCUUGCAUUAUCUUCUAAAUCGUCGAAUGAGCAGAAGUCUAGAAUACUUUAAAAGUUCAAAAACUCUUUAUAAACAAUAAUAAUCAAAAGAAAUUGCUAAAAUUUUUAAAGAAAGUUUAUAAGAAGAAAAUCCAAUAUAAAGUUUUUUCGAAAAACUUGAAGUAAUCGAUAAGAAUAAUCUGAUGAUAGAAAUAUUCCUUUAAGAUUUUUGUUUCUCUUAUUAAUUAACUUAUUAGGGUUAAAUUUGUUUGAAUUACAUGGUUAACUUUUUAGAUUUAAAUAUAAUCAUAUUACCAUCAUUAAACAGAAUAGGAAAAGGCAUUGGAAAUGUAAUAAUAAUUUAAGAGAAUGAUGAAUAUUAUUUUAUUAUACCAGAACCAUAAUUUAAGUUAGAAACAUAAUUAGUUUGUUUUCAUUGCAGUAGAUAAGUAUUUGUAUUUAUGAAACUCUACUGUAAUCAUAUAAUAUGUUGGAACUGCCUUUUGAAAGAAAAAUCUAAGAAUUAGAUGGGUAAUUUUGAUUGUAGAUGUGGAUAGGUUGUAUUAAAAAUAUAGAUUGAACAACUUUAAAAUGAAAUUAAUUCUAUAGCAAGAGAUAAUCAAUUCAAUUUAAUAUUAGAAUAGUUUUAUCAUUAAUAGAGCUCUUAUUUAGUUUAAAGAAAGAGUGUAAUACGUACAAGCAUAUUUAAAUAGCUAAAUUUAUCAUCAGCUGAAUAAUUAACUACAACAGAAAUAUAAUAUUCGUUGCUUGAUGAAACAAAUAGAGCUAUAGAAUAAUUAACUGAUAUUUGUUUUGAAUGCAAGAGAGAAUCAAAUAAGCCUUAUUUUAUUGUAAUAAAUUGUUAACAUAAAUUUUGUUUUGAUUGUAUAAGUAAAGAAUUCUUAAAUUAGAGUUGUGGAGGAUGCUAUUGUUUAGCUUGCUUUAAUAAAAUUUCUAAAAAUGAAUAUGAAACUUAUAAAAAAUAAAUAAAUUUAGAUAUAGAUCAGGAAAAAGAAAAAAUUAAUAAAUAAUUCUAAGCAGAAAACGAAUGUCAUAACUGUUAUUAAAAAUUUACAUAUCAAUUAUUUAGAAUAACAAAUUGUUGGCAUAAUCUUUGUGGUACAUGUAUUGAAAAAGUUUUUGCUUUUAAUUAUUUCACUGAUUAUUAUUGCUAAGUUUCUAAUUGUACUGGAACUUAUUCUAAAUUGUAGUACCAAAAAUUUAAAUAAGAAUAAUAAAAAAUAUCAUUUACAUCAUUAGAAAAUUCAUGUAAUUAACCUUCAUGUGAAUUUGAUUAUCUAAAUUAUUGCAAAUAUUGCAAAAAUAGUUUAGGAAUUUUAGAAGCAGAUAAUGAAGAUUAAAUUUGUUUGGAUUGUAGAUUAAACAAUUCAAAAAAUAAGGAAAAUAAUGUAAUUAAGAAUAUUUUUAAUGAUGAAUAAGAAUUAGAGCUUGAUUGGAGUCUUUCAGUUGAUAAAUGUUAAAAGUGUUAAAAUCAAUCAAAAUAUGAAUUAUUUUAAAUACCAUUAUGUAAUCAUAAAUUUUGUUAUUAAUGCCUUUAAAAUUUGAUACAAAUUAAACAAAAAGAGUAUAAUUGUCUAUAGAAAUCAUGUUAAUUUAAAUUUAAAUGGAGAGCUUAUAAAAAUUAUUAAAUUAAUAUAUUAUAAGAUCAAGAAAUAAUUAAAGCUCAUAAAAACAUUUUGAAUGAAUAGUAGAAGAAGAAACAAUAAAAUACAAAUUAAUUUGAACAUCAGUCAAGUUUAAUGAAUUUAACUUAGACAUCUAUAUCAAGUACAAAAAGUUCUACAAGUAGCACAAAAUCAAAAUAAAGAUGUUCAUAUUGCAAUUAAUUAAAUGAAACUGAUUUAUUGUUUUAAAUCAAAUGCGGGCAUUAGAUUUGUAGUAAAUGUUGUUUACGUUUAAAUGGUUUUGAAUUAAGAUGUAAUAAAUGUUUGGUACUUUUUGAUACAGUUGAAUAUUAAAAUUUUAAAUAAGCUUGCAAAUUCAAUUGUGACAAUUGUUAGAAUAUUUAUACGUUUAAUUAAAUCAUGGCAAAUAAGACAUGUUGUCAUUUGUUAUGUUAUUAAUGUCUCUUACCUAUUUAUAAAAAUAAAAAAUAAUAUUUUUGUUGUGUUAAAUUAUGCAAGAAAUUAUUGAAUGAAAAUUUAAUUGGACAUUUCUUGUAAAAAUAAAAUAGUCAAGAAUUUGUUUCCAAGGAUAAAAUUUAAUUUUUAGAUUAAUAGAAGUCUACAGAUAAAAAAAUUUUUUUCGGGUAAGACACUAAUAAUAUUAUUACAAAAACAAUUACGACCGAAAGCUAAAAGAGUUAUAAUUCGAUAAAAGACUAAUAAACUUAAUCUUAAAAUAUUUACUAAUCACAGCAAUGCAUGUUUUGUAAUUCUAUUUUUAAUGAUUACAAUCUGCCAGUUCCUUUAUAUUGUAAUCGACACAUAUCUGGGGUAUGCUGUAUUUUAUAAAAUUAUAAAACAUGCUUUAAGUGUGAUGAAAAAUAUUGA